ACGGGAGUACGGGACUGUGUGGGAUUCUCGAGGGCAUUGUGGUCAUCGUAUAUAAUGUGAAAAAUCGACUCUUCUUCAAGCUUCUCGCCCCACGGAAGCGAGAGAAUCGGAUCUCAUCUUUCCGUCGCCUUCGAAUUAAUCGAAAACAUGCUAGCCCGCGAAUCUAGAAUCAAUCUCUGGAGAUGGGUUCUUCUCUUUCUCGUGGUUUCUCUCACCAUUUUCAGCCCAGCCAAGUCUGGGACCGAGCUCCGUGGAGCUGCAAAGAAAAUAUAUAUGAGAGAGAAGGUCCGGAAAAUGUUUUAUCAUGCAUAUAACAACUACAUGACUCAUGCGUUUCCUCAUGAUGAGCUAAAACCUCUUACCAAGACUUUUACUGACUCCCUUAGCGAGCUUGGGAAUUUGAAGCUUGAACAUCUACCACAACACUACAAUGGAUCAGCAUUGACACUUAUUGAGUCAUUGUCCAGUCUUCUUGUGCUGGGUAACUACACAGAAUUCAAAAAGGCAGUUCUUUGGCUUUCUGAAAAUCUUACCUUUGAUGUUGAUGCAAGGAUAAAUCUGUUUGAGUGCAACAUAAGAGUGCUUGGAGGGCUUGUUUCUGCUCAUAUCCUUGCAACUGAUCCUACAAAUGGGUUGGACCAAGGAAUUUACAAGAACCAGCUACUUAGUCUGGCUGAAGAUCUGGGGAGACGUUUCCUACGUGCUUUUGGUACCCCCACUGGAUUGCCAUAUGCAUGGAUUAAUCUUAAGUAUGGAGUGAUGGAGAAUGAGACAACUGAGACAAGCACAUCUGGGUGUGGUUCUCUCAUCCUUGAAAUGGGAGCAUUGUCGCGAUUAACUGGUGACCCCCGAUAUGAAGCUGCAGCUUUGCGUGCCCUUCGUAAGCUAUGGAGCAUGCGAAGUCCUUUGAAUCUCCUAGGCACAACACUGGAUGUGGUAACUGGGGAAUGGAUAGAAUAUUCAUCUGGCAUUGGAGCUGGAGUUGAUUCAUUCUAUGAGUAUCUAAUCAAAGCCCAUAUUCUGUUUGGAAAGGAUGAGUUUUGGGACAUGUUCUACUCUGCUUAUCUUGCUGUACAGAAAUAUUUCCGGCAUGGCCCAUGGUAUCAUGAAGCUGACAUGAGGACGGGGAAGGCAACCUAUUGGCAACUUACUAGCCUUCAGGCUUUCUGGCCUGGCCUACAGGUUCUUGUUGGAGAUAUUGCAGCUGCUAAUUCAUCACAUCGGGAAUUUUUUCAUAUCUGGGAGAGGUUUGGAGUGCUACCAGAAAGAUACUUGCCAGACCUUGAAAUGUUGCAUCCUACAGAGAAAUAUUAUCCUUUGCGGCCUGAAUUGGCAGAGUCUACUCUGUACCUUUAUCAAGCAACCAAAGAUCCUUGGUACAUAGAAGUGGGUGAAUCAAUAGUGAACUCUCUUAAUAGCUACACCAAAGUAGUUGGUGGGUUUGCAAGCAUUAAGGAUGUGACAACAAUGCAACUGGAGGAUCAUCAGCAUAGCUUCUUUCUUGCUGAAACGUGCAAAUAUCUCUAUCUUCUCUUUGAUGAUUCAUUUUUGGUUAAUAAAAACUACAUAUUUACAACCGAGGGUCACCCUCUGCCAGUGAGAAGUGACUGGCAUGAUAGGCUUCCAGAGAUCUAUACGCCAACUAACUGGACUUUCGUCAAGAGUGAUGAACAAGGAAAACAUGCGAGUGCAAUGUCACUGAAAGUCUGUCCAGCUGAUAUUCUUAUCCCAAGAGGAGGAAAUGGGGUUGAGAGUGCAUGCCAUGUCCCUGAUUCUCGGGCAGACCACAGGUGUAGGACUGAUGAGGAAUGUGGAGUAGACUCAACUACUUGUAGUCAAAGAUCAUGCAGCAUUGCUGGAUACUGUGGGCCAUGGCUGUUCACAAUUUGAUCUUCUGCUAAUCCCCUGGAGUAUCUAGUGUAAGAAGGCAUUUUUUUUUUAUGACAGAAUAA